AUGCACGCUAGAGCACGGCAAUCGGCACCCAUCCCCCCCGACGAAAUCGCCAUCGCAAUCCCCAUCCCCCGCCCCUCCCGCCGAGGCCUCCUCUCCAAAUUCUGCUGCAUGGACGAAGUCACCAACCCCUACGCCCUCCCACGAAAAAAGAAAUGGACCAUCACCGCAAUCGUAGCCUUAGCCGGCGCCGCCGCACCCAUGGGGUCCUCCAUCGUGCUCCCGGCCUUACAACAGAUCACCCACGACUUCUCGUCGACGGCCACGACCGCGAACCUGAGUGUCGCGAUGUACAUGUUGAGCAUGUCGAUUUUCCCGCUGUGGUGGAGUUCGUUUUCGGAAACGUGGGGACGGAGAUCCAUCUACGUGGUGAGUUUUUUUCUGUUUUUGGUUUUCAACGUUUUGGCCGCGGUGAGUGGGAGUAUGGGCGUGUUUGUGGUGAUGAGGUUGUUAUCCGGGGGUGCGGCGGCGAGCGUGCAGGCUGUGGGGGCGGGGACGAUUGCGGAUGUUUGGGCGGUGAAGGAGAGGGGGGCGGCGAUGGGCAUGUUUUAUCUUGGACCGUUGUGUGGGCCGUUGUUGUCGCCGAUCAUUGGGGGUGCGUUUGCGCAGACGUUGGGGUGGAGGUCGGCGCAGUGGUUUUUGGCGAUUUUUGGGGCGUUUUUGGAGGUUUUGAUUGUUUUUGCUUUGCCGGAGACGCUGAGGCAGCGGAAGGAUUUGGUGGUGGUGGACGAGGCUGGGGUGGAAGUGGAACAACCGGAAUUGGUACGAACGACGACGAAGCAAUCGGUGCAUGUCAAGACGAGGAAGUAUUGGCUCAUGGCUCGUCGGGCUUUCAUCGAUCCCUUGCGGGUUGUGUUGUAUCUUCAGUUUCCCGCUGUUGCGGUUCUGGUGGCCUAUGCCAGUGUCACAUUCGCCGAACUCUACGUACUCAAUGUUUCCGUGCAGCAGAACUUCUCUGGAGCUCCGUACAACUAUGGACCGGUCAUUGUGGGUUGUCUAUAUCUGCCAAACAGCGCCGGGUACUUCCUGUCCAGCAUAUUUGGUGGUCGAUGGGUCGAUCGCAUUAUGCAUCGCGAAGCACGCAACGCUGGUCGCUACGAUGCCAACGGUCGACUGGUCUUUCUCCCGGAAGACCGCAUGAAGGAGAAUGCGUGGCUUGGCGCAAUGCUUUACCCCUUUUCUUUGCUUGCGUACGGCUGGUUCGCGCAGUACAAGAUCAAUGUCGCCGGGGCUCUCGUUGCAAACUUCUUUUUUGGCAUCGGCAGUAUGCUCAUCUUUGCGCUGGUCACAACCAUGUUGACAGAGUUCAUGCCUCGAAAAGCAUCCAGCGGCAUUGCGCUCAACAAUUUCGUCAGGAACAUAUUCAGUUGCGUGGGCUCCAUCGUCACUGAGCCGUUGAUCGUUGCGAUUGGGAACGGUCCCCUUUUCUCCGGCUUGUGCGUCAUUGCGCUGGCGGCAGGUAUAGCGUGUAUGUGGUCGUUGAAGACGUUUGGUCCUCGCUGGAGGAUAGUGUGGACCCUCUCGAAAGUAUAA